CCUGGAUCCUGGCCUGCGCGGCCGAAUGCGGUCGCCUCGCGCAGUGUGGUGGGGUUUAGCACGCAGGACAGGCGGCGGGGGCUGUUUGGCGGUCCUGCUGAAACCUGUCGCCGUCGCCCCGGAGUGGCCGCGCCAGGGCAAAAAUGCUGCCACCCGGCCGGGGCCUGCUCUGGCUUGGCCUGGUCCUGGGCUCUGUCUGCGCCUCCCUCCGAUCCGCGGAGCCUGGCAACUCGGCCACAGAUGCUCUGAAUGUCCUUCUAAUCAUCGUGGAUGACCUGCGCCCUUCCCUGGGCUGUUACGGGGACAAGCUCAUAAGGUCCCCAAACAUCGACCAGCUGGCCUCCCACAGCCUCCUCUUCCAGAAUGCCUUUGCCCAGCAAGCUGUGUGCGCCCCAAGCCGCGUGUCCUUCCUCACCGGGAGGAGACCAGACACUACCCGCCUGUAUGACUUCAACUCCUACUGGAGGGUGCACGCCGGAAACUUCUCCACCAUCCCCCAGUACUUCAAGGACAAUGGCUACGUGACCAUGUCGGUUGGAAAAGUCUUUCACCCUGGAAUAUCUUCCAAUCAUAGUGAUGAUUCUCCAUAUAGCUGGUCUAUUCCACCUUAUCAUCCCUCCUCUGAAAAGUAUGAAAACACCAAGACCUGUAGGGGACCAGACGGAGAACUCCAUGCCAACUUGCUGUGCCCUGUGGAUGUGGCGGAUGUGCCCGAGGGCACCCUGCCUGACAAGCAGAGCACCGAGCAAGCCGUACGGUUGUUGGAGAAGAUGAAAACAUCAGCCAGUCCUUUCUUCCUGGCUGUGGGGUAUCAUAAGCCACACAUCCCCUUCAGAUACCCCAAGGAAUUUCAGAAGCUGUAUCCCUUGGAGAAUAUCACCCUGGCUCCUGAUCCCCAGGUCCCUGCCGGCCUCCCUCCUGUGGCGUACAACCCCUGGAUGGACAUCAGGCAGAGGGAGGAUGUCCAAGCCUUAAACCUCAGCGUGCCCUACGGCUUGAUUCCCGCCGACUUUCAGCGGAAAAUCCGCCAGAGCUACUUUGCCUGUGUUUCGUAUUUGGAUACACAGGUUGGCCACCUUUUGAGCGCUCUGGACGACCUUCAGCUGGCAGGCAGCACGAUCGUGGCGUUCACCUCCGAUCACGGCUGGGCUCUAGGUGAACAUGGAGAAUGGGCCAAAUACAGCAAUUUUGACGUCACUACUCGUGUGCCCCUGAUGUUCUAUGUUCCGGGAAGGACGGCUCCGCUUCCGGCAGCAGGCGAGAAGCUCUUCCCUUACCUCGACCCUUUUGAUUCCGUCUCAGAAUCGAUGGAGCCAGGCCGGCAAGCUGGGGACAUCGUGGAACUGCUCUCCCUCUCCCCCACGCUCGCUGGACUUGCGGGGCUGCCCGUCCCUCCUCGCUGCCCCAUCCCCUCGUUUCACGUGGAGCUGUGCCGAGAAGGCCGGAACCUUCUGAAGCAUUUUCAGGUCCAUGACUCGGAAGAGGAUCCAUCCGUCCGUAGUAAUCCCCGAGAGUUGGUGGCCUAUAGCCAGUACCCCCGGCCUGCAGACUCUCCUCAGUGGAAUUCUGACAAGCCGAGUUUAAAAGAUAUAAAGGUCAUGGGCUACUCCAUACGCACAAUAGACUAUAGGUAUACUGUGUGGGUCGGCUUCAGUCCCCGGGAGUUUGUGGCUAACUUCUCAGAUGUGCACGCAGGGGAGCUGUAUUUUGUAGCUUCUGACCCUUUGCAGGAUCACAAUAUGUAUAAUGACUCCCACGGUGGCGCCCUUCCCCUAUCAUUGAUGCCUUGAGUUUUGCCAACAACAGAGGGCAUAUAUAACGCAUUGCCUUCCAGCUGGUGAGAGAGGGAAUUAGAGCUGGUUAUUUCAUGAUUACCCAUAAUAUUGAAAGCAACCCCAGGGGUAGGCAGUCAAAACAUGCAUCGACAAUUUGGCCUAAGAAUACGUUAACAGCCGAAAUUUUCCAUUUUGUCUUUAUAAUUGGUAAUUGGUCUGGGGCUGGGCUGAACCUUUUCUUUCUUUCUUUUUUUUUUUUUUUUUUUUUUGGAACAGUCAUAGCUUAUUCAUUGAAUGAAUAAGUACAGAGUGAGCAAAUUAAAACUGUCAUAGCUUUAGAGCUCAAGGCCAUAGUAACUGAACAUAACACUGUAUUAAAGAAAUACUUUUAAUUAUUUGUGAAAUUUAAUGUAUUUCAAAAAGUAACCACAUGUCAAAUUAGGUUUGACACUAAGUUCCUGGUUCUUUUGUUUAUAACUUAAUAAUAUAUCUUAUCUAGCCGAAUAUAUUCAAAAUAUUGUAUCAACAUGUACUCUAGGAUUCUUUUUAAAUGUAAAGUUAAAUAAUAAUGCUAGAUGCCAAUGCCUUAAAGUCUAGCUUCAAUUUUUCUAAGAUUGCAAAUAUUCAAAUCCAAGAAUAAAAUAUGCAUGAAGUGAUUAAUGUGGAAUUUCUACAUCAGAUAAUAAAUAAUGCUCAGUAAACUAGACGCAUGGGAUGUAUGAGAAAUUCAGUUAAAAUUUUUCAGAGACUCUCUGGCCCAAACAAUAAUUUGUUAGCCAGUAAUAUGACCCUUGAACCCAAAGGCCAUCUAUUAAAAGACAUCUUUAUUCACAGUGGCAAAUAGUGAAAGGCAUCACUGUAUCCAUGAAUUGAGUCAUUCAGAACCAUUAGUGUUCUCUUCUCUAGAGGUGGUUGGUUGCAGACAUCUAUUUAUCCAGGAGGCAGGAAAUUGUCAACUUUUUAAUUGCUGAUUAAAGAUAACAUUAAUUUUAUUAACGUCUAAAUUAUUUUGAGAACUGUGAAAACUUUUCAUUAAUGUAAUAUUAGGUGAUUUAUAAUCCCCCAGAAUGUGGUUCUGUAUUCCCUAAAUAUGAAUAUAACCAGAAAGGCAGGUGGUAGUAAUAAGCUUAGCCUUACAUCAUCUUGAAAAGAAUGGAAUAUUCACAGGUCAUAUUCACAACAUGUUGAAGUUGAUCAAUUAUGAAGAGUCUUCAGAAGAGUCAAGCAUUCUCUUAAUAAACAUCUAAUGUAGUCCUAUAUCAAAGUAACUUCUAGUAAUUCUUUCUUUACAAAUGCUGCUUCGGUGUUUAAAGGUAAAUGUUUGUGAAACGAAAUACAGCAAAUUAAGUUACUUCCCUGUGUUAAAUUGCAACCAAAAAGGCAAGAUAUUAUAAGAUUAUUUCGAAUCAGUAAAAUUUCAAAUACAGAUUUUGUUUUCAUUACUAAUUAGCCUACAAUGGAGGCGUAUAUGGUAACACAACAAUUUCUACUUGAGGAGUGGAAGGGCCCUAUUCCUCUCUCCUGAUCCUGAAGCUUGUCUCUCUUCUAGAAGCCUCAGCGUUUGAGGAUGGUUUCCCUCAGCCUUUUCUUUCUCCUUCUUCAUCCUCUUUAUUGCUCACAUCACUUCCACUAAGAAUUUUACAGUCCAGUCAAAUUCCUCAUGACGUAUUUUCAGUGUGUUUAGCUUCAUCUUGUGCUACACGGUUACAACGCGAAGUUUUCACUCAGGCUUUUAUUUUGCAUUCCUGGUUGGCUGUCAUAUGUACAGUUCAUCAUUUUUUCUCUCUUUAUUUCUUGAAGCACAGUUUUAGUAUCAAAAAUCUUCAAUUUCUUCUCUUGCUGAAGUCGUAAGCUGAACUGUGCCAAAGUGAGCAAAGUGACAUGCAUUCUGGCCACCACUCACCCAUGUGGCCGAAGCCACAGCCGGGGCUGAGUCUGCUUUGGGGCGUUUUGCAUGUAGCUGUGGCUCUGCUGGAAGUGCUUAUGUGUCCUCUUUUCUCCGCAAGGGCGUAGCCUCAGAAUGCUUCCACUCUCCUUAGGUUUUAGCAUUUCUUGGCCUUGCUUUACAAAUCUCUCCUUUUAGAAGCGUGGCUGCAUUUUACGUUCAGGGAUGUGCUCUUCUAAAUCAUCUGACAGAUGAUGGUUGUUUUUUGUGGUUUUGACACUGAACCCAGCUUAGAGCCACUUUGGCGCGUCUCCAGCGUGCAUCGGGAUGAGCGGCUGCUCUCCGGUUUUCACACAUCAAAGCCGACCACGUUCCUUAUCUUGACUCAAGUUAGAGAAACCACAUCUUCGUUGCAUCACAUAACCUUUCUCUGAUCCCGCUGAGCCAGACACAGUUUGUUAAUGGUUCUCUAGUCACUCUUUGUAGAAAUCCCUAUUUCACUUGAGCCAUGGGUUCUUUUAUGCAGUUUAGUUGAGACCUGGACUAGUGAUCUCAGAAAUUUUGAGUGGCCCUAAUUCAGUGGCUUAGAAACACGAGGGUGCAGCAGAAGCAUCCUAAGGGCUGGUGCUGGGUUCUGCCUACAGAGCUUCUGCUUCAGAGUGUCUGGGCUGGGGCCCGGAAGUCGGCACUUCUGACAAAUCACCCUGCUCCUCCAAAGAGCGCACUUGAGAACCACUGCCCCAGGUGUGUGCUGACCAGUAGCCACUAGGCACAUGUGACUAUUUAAAUUUCAAUUAAUUAAAAUGAAAUAAACAUGUCAAAAGCAGAAUCUCUGUUGCACAUGCCAUAUUUCAAGUGCUCAAGAGCCAUUGUGGGUCGUGGCUACUGUAUCAGACAGCACCGAUCUACAGUCUUUCCGUUGUGGCAGAAAGUGGACUGAGCGGAGCUGCCCUAGAUUAACUCAAUUUGAGCUCAUCCACCUGGCUGUUGGUAUGUUCAACCUGUGGGCUGAUUGUCUACUCUGCGUUUGCCCACAAAGACUUGUCCAGCGCUGAGCCAUGUCUGUUUGGUUUAAGCCUAGCAUAGGCAGUUCUCUCUGGCGGUCAGCCUCUUCCUCUCCACUCUCACCGCCAUCAACCCAGCCCUUCGCACCUCCUUCCCAAGUAGUUUACCUCCCUCCCUCUUUCCUCCCCUGCUCCCAAAGAAUCCACGUGUCUUCCUGAAAUCCCUCUUUGAUCAUGCCCUUUGAGAACACCGUUAGUGCCUCCUACUGGGUCUACACAGACCUCCGCUGAGCAGUCAGAGUCUUCCCUGACUCCACAAAACCCCUUUCCUCUGCUGACCAGUUUGAGCACUGGCACCUGACUCUCCCUUGCCGAUCCCUGCCUCCCUGCCCACCCCUAGAUUGUCCCCUCCUCCCUUCACCAUCCAUCCAUUCGUGACCACUCUCCACAGCCCGCUCCAAGACCCCCACUUUCAAGAGGCUGAGGGGUUUGAACUCUCUAGACUGCAUCAUGGGAUGAAAUGAGUGUCGCUGAAGAGUCUUUUGGGCAUCUUAUUUUUAAAAGAUUUUUUUUUUCUGAUUCUAAAAUUACUGUGUUAAUUUUAGAAAAAUUGGAAAACAGAAAUGUAGUGAGAGGUAAGAAAACGCAUCAGUAUUUUACACCAAGAUAGUCACUUAAUAUCUUGUCUUUUCUGGGGUGUAAAUUUUUUACAUUGUUAUGAUCAUACAAUGUGCUUUAUUAUGCAAUUUUAUAUUCCUGUUUUUUCACUAAAUAUUAUAUGUGGUUAUUACAGGUUUUUGCAAAGAUACUUUAUACUGGUGGUAGUAUAUUUUUUUGUGUAGUUUUAUCAUAAUUUCCUUACCCUUCUUUCAAUUAUUGGAAAUUUCAUCAAUUUCCAAAUUUUCGGUAUUGUAAAUAAUGUGGUGGUGAGCAACUUCGUGAAUAAACUGUUUCUGUGUAUUUCACAUUGCUCCCUUAGGACAGGCGCUUGGUGCCAAUUUGCCAAAAGCAUCUCCAUUUCAGUCCUCGCCCUACCCUCCUGCUCCCUUAGGGAAGUAAAACGGAAAAUAAAGCAGACAAGCCUACAGAUUAUACAAAUCAUAAAAACAAAAUAAUAGGUGUAAGUGGCAUCCUGUAUGAGCUUAGAACCCUUUGCUUACUAAUGACCUUGAUCAUUGUUUUCACUGUACAGUGGUUGGGCAUUUAUAUUUCUAGUUAUGUGAAUUUGCCUUUAAAUUUUAGGUUUCGCUUUUUUAAGUAAUCAAAUUGCUCUCUUCCUACGUGAUAUUUUUUCCCCGUCUUUUCCUAUUAAAUGUGGAGACCUUUCCCAAUCUGGAGAUUUAAUAAAUAUUCACAUUCCUUAGCUUUUCUCGUGGUUGGUUUUUAUACUUAACUUACCCUGUCU